AACCCCGUAAGGGAUAAGACGUGGUACUGCAUCUGUAUCUUAUGUUCUAUGCAUAAAAAUUUCAUAGCAUUUAUUGAUCAAAAACAAAACAUUCGUAACAGUGACAGUGACAGUCGUAACGCUCGUAAAAUCGAUUGGGAUUGCAUUGAAAAUGAUUAUUUACUAUCUACUAACUAUAACUACUUUAGAUCUAAUUUGGCUACAGGUGCUCUCUGUUUAUAGUUGACGUGUUUGUUACAUAAAUAUCACAUUUUAAAAUCAUCCCAUAAUCAAAUCUAUGGUAAUAUCUAUAAGCGGCUCUUCAUGUCAGAUUGGUCAAAUGAAAUUUGUUUUAAACAGAAGAAAAUUAAUUACACAUUUGCCAAAUCUAUCCACUGCAAGCAAUAAUCUGUCUUUUUAGUGAACAAAACAAAGACAUGCAUGCAAAUUAAACAAAUCAUAACAUGGAUAUUUUGGACAAGCCUUAUAACUGUUUCCACAAAUUGAAUUAUAAAAGACAAUAGGCGGAUAUAAUGCUUAAAGCAUUAUUACUGAAUCAGAAUCUAUAUCUUGUGUGUAGUUAAAACAUAAUUCGUAAAAGACAAACAAAAAUUAACUUCAAGAUUCGACUAAAUCGCAAAGUUAUCAGAAGAAAGAAAGAGAGAAAUUUUAAAAUGUCACUAUUUUUAUAUAGCAUAGUAGGCAAACAAGCAUGUGGUUUGCCUAAUGAUAAGCAAACACCACAGUCCAGGGGCACUAGUAAUCUGAUAAGAGUUAUUGAUGCAUCGACGACAUUUUAAAAGGAAUACUUAGGUAUUUAUCUCUCAUCCUACAAGUGGAUCCAUAUCUGAUUAAAAAUGUUAUCAUAGACUCAAGCCAGUAUAACAAAAAUUGUGCAAUGAAGCUGUUGAUUAUUUUGUUGAUAUCCACCGGAACUUUUGGGUAUUACCACAAAGACGUGGGGAUUCCCAAGGCGGCGCGAAUAAAGGAGGCAGAAGAGAAAGGUAUCCAAAGAAUCACAGGCGGGGAAUAUACAGACUUGGGAACAUAUCCUUUCUUCGCGGGCUUGGUGAUUGCUGUCGACAUGAAUUUGACUUCAGUAUGUGGCUCUAGUUUAAUAUCAAACACUAAACUUAUCACCGCAGCCCAUUGCUGGAAUGAUGGCGAAAAUACAGCGAUGUUAUUAGAAGUUGUACUUGCUUCGACUAAAUUAUUUUCUGGCGGCACAAGACUUGGCACCAAUGAUGUUGUGGCCCAUGAAGAUUUUAACAUAGACACUUUGCAAAACGAUAUAGCUAUUAUAACUAUAUCAAGUGUGGAGUUUGACGAGAAUUUGAAGCCGAUAAAUUUACCAACAGAGCAAUCCUAUGUCGGCAUUCAAUGCCAUGUGGUUGGGUUUGGACGGACUGGUGAGGGGAAUCCCGUAACAAUGGCACAGAAGUUGAGUCAUGCUAUGACGACUGUGAUAAGCAAUGAAGAGUGCGCUACGAUAUAUGGAGAUAUGAUCACAGAUUCGCUGAUUUGCACUAGUGGUGUGGACGGGAGGGGACCAUGUGGUGGGGAUUCGGGUGGUCCUGUGUUUUAUGGAAAUGAGGAUUUUGUGGUGAUAGGUGUGGUGUCAUUUGGAGCGGUGGAAGGUUGUGAUGCGGGAUAUCCGACAAGCCAUACGCGGGUAUCGGCGUUCCUUCAAUGGAUUAAUGAAAAAAUGUAACCAAUAUCAAGUCUGUAUUUGUCUGCCUUGAAUAUAAAAACCAAUUUUCAAUAUAAACAAUGUUUUUUUUUUUAUUUCUUGUUUAGUUCACUAUAGUUUCAUCAUCAGUGUCGUAGUGUGUCUUUGUGUCAAUUU